UUUCCUCCUUCGUCGUCUUCGAGGAUGAGAUCGACGCUGACUCGCGUACGACGUCGUCGGUUUCUGUGAUACGCGCGCGUGUCUGUCGCGUGCUCCGAUCAUCUCGGAGGAGAUCGUUGGAUCGUUGACAGGAAGAAGGUGAAAGCCAGCCUGGGAGCAGCCUAGCCGAAAGAUUUCUCUAUCGAGCUCCUGUACCGCGGUUCCGACGAAGGUACACCCACGGAAGACAUAGGAAAAGCAGCGGACGGAAUAGGAGACACGCAGCAGAGGAGACCUUGUUCCGAGUCGUACUACUUUCUAAAAAAGGUGCCUCGAGUGUCACUGGGUUGUCUCGCAAUCAGCCUCGUUUCAACACGCACACUUACCACGCAAACCAAUGAAACAGACUCCCCCGUGCACUCGCGUGUAUCCACCCCAACAGCUGCCUCAUCCUUCAGUCUUCGAACCGUGCGAGUAUAAAACGUGAAGAAAGUCUCGAUGACAACCAUGGAGCUCGGCAUACUGCGACAGAUAUUUAUCGGGAUAGUGUGCAACCUUCUGAUCAUCGACAGCGGAUUGAACGAGGGAUGGAGCACUCCCAUUAUACCCAAGUUCGAGCAGGACGACCCUUUGAAGGUGUCCAGCGACGAAGUGGCCUGCGUAGUGAAUUUGAUGUACGUUGGGGUUGGACUCGGCUCGAUCGUGCCGUUUCUUUUGAUGGACAGGAUCGGUCGCAAAGGAACGUUGCUGUUCGCCACGAUACCAAAGAUCGCCAGCUGGAUUUUGAUCGGCUUGGCAGCCACCAUUACGCAGCUUUACGUGGGUAGAAUACUGGCCGGCAUUGGCUGUGGAAUAACGUACGCAGUGAUGCCUAUGUAUUUGGGGGAAGUUAGCAGCAAAAGGACUCGUGGUCCAUUAGGUACCCUGAUGGCGGUGCUACUAAACACGGGCAUGAUGCUAGCCUACGCGAUCGGCUUAUGGGUGUCUCGUUUCACCAUGUCCAUGAUCGCCGUCACGAUCCCCGUAAUAUUCCUCGUGACGUUCGUGUGGCUGCCGGAGAGCUCGGUGUUCCUCACGAAGAAGAACAAGCUAACGUCCGCGGAGAGGACAUUAAAGUGGGCAUUAGGGAAGGACGACGUCGUGGAGGAACUCGAGGAGAUCAAACGGAUCGUGGCGACGGAAGACCUCAACUCCGACAGGACGUUCGCGAGAUCGCUGAAGGAGAUGUUCAGCAGACGCGAGAAUCGUCGUGCUUUCGGUAUCGCGGUGAUCGUUCUGAGCGCGUUGACCUUAACCGGGGCGGCACCAAUGCUCGCUUAUCAGUCGUUCAUAUUCGAGGAGGCUGGCUUCGAGGUCUCGACGAACGUGAGCAUCGUGAUGACCGGAUGCGCGCUGGUGCUGGCUGGCAGCGUGUGCGUGUUGCUGGUGAGGCUGGCCGGCAAGAGAUUGCUGUUGCUCAUCUCCACGCCGGUCUGCAUCCUGUCUCUCACGUCGAUGGCGAUCUUCUUUGGGCUACUGUCCAGCGGCCACGACGUCUCCAAGCUGCGAUGGAUGCCUAGCGUGUUCCUGGUGAUUUAUGUGCUAGGCUACGGGCUCGCGCUCAACCCCGUGCCACUCGCCUACGUGGGCGAGAUCUUUCACAUAGACGUCAAAGUACCCGCGGCUAUAUUCUGCUCCCUCUAUUACGCCAUCACCACCACCACUGUGGUGAAAUUCUAUCAGGUACUGCAAGAAUCGUACGGAACGUAUAUGCCCAUAUCGAUGUUUACCGUGAUUACUUUCCUUAUAUGGCUGCUGAUUUAUCGAUACGUGCCGGAGACCGAGGGGAAGACCUUGGAGGAGAUACAAAUAGAAUUGCGUGGAAAGAACUGA